AUGAGCAUCGCCGACCAGGUCCAAGGCCUGAUGGACGACCUUCUCGGCCCAGAGCCCACGCCAAAGCGACGCCGACUUGACUCCAACUCACCACACUCGUCCGACGACAACGACCAAAAGCCCCAUCACGACACGCCGACCGACGCAGAGAAUGGAUACGCUUUCGAGGAAGAGUCGGAUACCGCAGAUCAACCCACCACCAGCAACGAGCAGACCCCGCGUGAACGAGACCAACAAACAGACGACUCUCGGCCAUUGGGCGUGCACUACAAGCCAUACAUGACUCUGAGAGGCCACAAGAGAGGUGUCGCUGCCGUGAGGUUCUCUCCAAAUGGAAAGUGGAUCGCCAGCUGCUCCGCCGACUGCACCAUCAAAGUCUGGAACGCUCAAACAGGAACUUUGGUACACACGCUUGANAGGUCACCUUGCUGGUGUAUCCACCAUUUCAUGGGCUCCGGACUCUAUAGUCCUUGCUUCAGGCUCCGACGACAAGUCCAUCAGGCUCUGGGAUGUCAGGACGGACAGUGUCUGAAGACGCUGGUCCACGAAGACAAUGCACCAGUCACAUCAGUACGCUUCUCGCCCAACGGUAAAUUCGUGCUUGCAGCGACACUGGAUUCAAGUGUCCGGCUGUGGAAGUAUGUCGAAGGGCGAUGCAUCAAGACAUAUCAGGGCCACAAGAAUCAAAAGUUCAGCAUCAACGCGUGUUUUGGAACAUAUCACAGCGAGGAGGAGAAGGAAGAGGAUGAAGAGGAAUCAGCAUUCGCCAUGUGCGGCGACGAGGAGGGCAAGGCGGUGAUAUGGGAUGUCAAUACGAAGAAGGUGCUGCAGGUCUUGAACGGACACGAAGAUGUGGUGCUCGGGGUUGACAGCAGCCCGGACAGCGUCAUGGUAGCGACAUGUAGUUUGGAUGGGAGCGUCAGGGUGUGGAAGAACAGUCCUGAUAAGUAA